AUGGCUUCCAUAGGAUCGCUGGUGUUCUGCACCGACUGUGGUAACAUACUGCCCCUGUCCACGGGGUCCAACCGCAACCUGCUCGUGUGCCGCUGCUGUGGUGCCGAAAACAGAGACACCUCUGUCGCGAAGACGAUCUUGACCGAGUCCAAACCCAAGGACUUCCCCUCACCGCUGCGCCAGAAAUUGUCUUCGGUUCAGGUCGUGGAGAAGCACAAGGUCAACGGCGAGGCCACGACGAACGAGACGUGCCCCAAGUGCGGUCGCACCGAAGUGCGCUUUACGACUGCGCAGAUCCGUGGUGCCGACGAAGGUUCGACGGUGUUCUUCCGUUGUGACUGUGGCUUCCGAUGGUCGCAGAACAACUGA